AUGAAGAAGUUUGUCUUGCUCGCCCUCGCGGCCAGCGGCCUCGCGCUGCCGUCCUCGUCGCACGUCGUCCACGAGAAGCGCGGCCUGCACACCGCUCCGGCGUGGGAGAAGCGCGAGCCCGUCGAUGGCGCCACCGUCGUCCCCGUCAGGAUCGCCCUCAAGCAGACCAACCUGGACAAGGGGAUGGACCUGAUUCUCGACGUCUCGCAGCCGGGCUCGCCCAAGUACGGCAAGCACUACAAGGCCGACGAGGUGGCCGCGCUGUUCGCCCCGGCGCAAAAGACCAUUGACGCGGUCAAGGGCUGGCUGGUCAAGGCUGGCGUGCCCGCCAACAAGAUCUACCUUUCCAAGAGCAAGGCCUGGCUGAGCUUCGCCACCACCGUCGACAAGCUGCAGCAGCUCGUCAAGGCCGACUACCACGUGUACGAGAACCUGCGCUCCAGGGACGAGCACGUCGGCACCGAGCAGUACAAGCUGCCCGCCGACGUGGCCCCCUUUGUCGACUUCAUCCUGCCCGGCACCACCUUCAUCAAGCACCCCAAGCGGGCCAAGAAGGCGUCCGUCGCGGCGGUCAAGGAGCCCCUGCGACCGCUCUCGCAGGACCAGAUCCGCAAGCUGCAGUCGGGGAUUAAUGGCACGGCCAACUGCGCCCAAUACGUCACACCCCAGUGCAUCAAGGCCAUGUACAACAUCCCAGACGGCACCCUCUCCAACAACACCAACCCCAUGGGCAUCUUCGAGUCCCUGGAAGACAUCUACUCGCAGGAAGACCUCGACGCCUUUUACAGACUCUUCGCCCCCAACAUCCCCAAGGGCACGGGGCCCCAGCUGGACCUCAUCAACGGCGCCGUCGCGCCCACCAGCCAGGACCAAGCGGGCGGGGAGUCGGACCUGGAUUUCCAGAUGGCCAUCCCCAUCAUCUACCCCCAGACCACCACGCUCUUCCAGGUGCGCAGCGACAACGACAUCUUCCUCGCUCUGCUGGGCGCCAUCGACGACGACUUUUGCCAGAACAACCCGGACCUGGACCCCAACGAGAUGUGCGGCACCUUUGCGCCCACCAGCGUCAUUUCCGUCUCCUACGGCGGGCCCGAGUACCUCUCGUCCGCUGCUGUCCUCCAGCGCCAAUGCAACGAGUUCAUGAAGCUCGGCCUGCAGGGCAUCUCGGUCGUCUUCGCCAGCGGCGACGACGGCGUCGCCAACCCCAGCGGGUACUGCCUGGGCCCUCACCACGACAUCUUCGUCCCCGACGACGCCUCGGGAUGUCCCUACGUCACCUCUGUCGGCUCCACCAUGCUCCCGCCCGGCGCCAAGGUCGGCGACCCCGAGGUCGCCACCACCCGCUUCUCCUCCGGCGGCGGCUUCAGCAACGUCUUUGACAAGCCCUCGUGGCAGUCCAACGCCGUGGGCAACUACCUCCUGAGGCACAACCCCAACUACCUGGCCUACAUCACCACCGGCGGCGUCAUCCCCGAGAACAAGGGCGUCUACAACCGCAACGGCCGCGCCUACCCCGACAUCUCCGCCGCGGGCGACAACGGCGUCGUCGUCCUCGGCGGCAAGGUCGGCCUCAUCGGCGGCACCUCCAUGUCCGCCCCCAUCGUGGCCGCCAUCUUCAACCGCAUCAACGAGGAGCGCUUGAACGUUGGCAAGGGCCCCAUUGGCUUCGCCAACCCGGCCCUGUACGCCGCCAGCGACCAAAAGCUGAACCUGUUCAACGACGUCACCGUCGGCGACCAGAGCCUCGGAGGAGCUUUCGGCUCCAGAUACCCGAGCGCCUGUGGCAACUCGGGCUUUUCGGCCGUCAAGGGUUGGGACCCCGUCACGGGACUGGGGACCCCCAAAUACCAAGCCAUGCUGUCAUACUUCCUUGCCUUGUAA